AUGGCUUCCCUUACAAGCCUACCUUGUGAAGCGUUGGAAGAGACUUUCCAUCAACUUGAUCAACACCAAACAUUGGCGCUUGCUCCAUUACAUUCCAAGUUUUGCUACAUUGGAAUACCUAAGUUGUACAGAAACAUAUAUGUGUAUACGCCAUGGCCAUUGAAUGACGUGAUGAAACAGAAUGAUCCGAAGCUGACUUUUCACAUCCCUAAGAACCUCAACAAUUGCAAGAGCAAGAAAUAUUCAAUUAUAUCAUCUGAUACACUUGAAAGAUAUUUGGCAAGAAUGGACAGGACACGGGAGAUUUAUCAUUUGGAAUUACACGGUCACAAUAUGACUAUCAUUGAUUGUAUCUUCAGACACUUCAAGAAAAUUAAGUAUUUUGAACUAGUUGCGCUUUAUCUUUCAUCUGAGCUACCUGACUACAUUGGUCUCAUUAAACAAUACCUUGACAUUUACCAUCACAGCACCGUUUACAUUUCUCCAAAAUCUCAAGACUAUUCUGAUAAUCUCAUAUUGUUUAGAGUUGGUGACUGGCAUAAGCCUGACGAUCUUGAAAGUCUUGAUCGGUCAAAAAACUUGACUGAGCUAAUAGUUCACGUAUGUUUUAAUAGAAACUAUAGGCAUUUUCGCUUUAGCAAGAAGCUACACGUGUUGCAAAUUCACUAUGAAUUCGAACCUGAGACCAUGAAUUACACGUUGUGUGACGUUUUCGACACCAGUUGUCUUCGUGAAUUGUCAAUAAAGGGGGAUAUUAAUGUGAAAACUUUGUUCUCCAGCAGUGACUUGGAAGAAAACUUUCCAAAAUUGGUGCAAUUAUGUUUACGAUUUGCAGGCGAAAUGUACGCGCCUUCUGCACUUCAGGACCUCAAACUCUUUAAGCAUGACAAACUAAGAUCCCUUGUUGUAUCGAGCCGGACAUGUCUUGAGUGUGACGCAAGAGCUGUGUGUGAUUUGUGUCCACAGUUUCCCAAUAGCAGCAUCAACUGGUGGAGCGAACCUCCAAAUUGUUACUGUAUGUUGCUCUCUCACAACAUUAGAGUUCUCAGUCCCGAUCUCCCAUUUGGGGUCGUUGGCUACCACUUUUACGAUUUGAGCCGUAUAGCUUUGACAGACUUCGAGCAUACCGUUACUGAUUGUUUUGCAAAAGAGGUGAAAGUGAACCUCAAAAGGUGGUACACACGGGCCGAACUAUACACGAUAUACAACUCAAGUGAUCACUAUCUGGGUGGUAGACGCGAAUUUUAA